AUGCAUAGCUGCAAGUUUGUUGACUACACUCCGGCUGCCGUGACAUGCAUCGCAGUGUGUCCUCUGGCCCCGCCAAACCCAAGAUCUCGUAAAUCCGAUUCGAAGACAAGCUCAUCAUCGCCGGGGCCUCUUGCUAUAGGAAAAGGGAAUGGGACGAUAAGCAUUUGCGAAUGGGCUCCAUCUGCGAAUAAUUCGGAAAUUUCACGAAACUGGAUGGCUCGGAGGAUUUUGCGUGGUCUAGCUACCAUGAAAGUUGGCUCGGUGGCUUUUGCUAUUCGUGACCCCUAUUCACACACACCGGGUGUCACUCCUUCCCUUCAAGACUUACGUUUAUUCUCCACCACACAGGGGAAAGACCUGUUGGAAUGGGAUAUAUCCACGGGAUUGGUAAAAAAACUAGUAGACUCUGAUGCGGGUGCCAUUUGGUCCAUGGCUGUCAAUCCCGACUCGACAACCAUCGCGUUAGGAUGCGUGGGCGGAAUACGUCUACUGUCCCUUUCGGAUGACGCUAUCACUCCCUUUAAAUCCCUUGACUAUGCUAGGAUUGAACCACUGAGUUUAGCGUGGGGUCCUAUGGUCUACUUUGACGAUAAAGCGUCCAACUCCGCCGGGACGAGCAGUGAACUCGACGAUGAUUCUAAGAGAUGGACCAAUUCCAUUCUAGUAGCUGGGUGUUCUGAUGCUAGUAUAUGCAAAUGGGAUACCAACACUGGCCGAGUUAUUGAGGCUAUGCGCCUACCGAAGACGGGUGAACAACUAUUAGUGUGGGCAGUUGGUGUGACCCCAGAUGGAACCGUAGUUUCUGGGGACUCUGAUGGUUAUAUCACAUUUUGGGACCCAGUGACGAAUACCCAAUUACAUCGUUUCCCCGCACAUGAUGCUGAUCUUUUGUGUCUUGCAAUCGGGCCCGAUGGGAAGACUGUCUACACUUCUGGCAUCGAUCAAAGAAUCACAGAGUUCUGCAUAGUCACUUAUUCUGGUCCCGACGACUCGUCAAAGGAGAAUAAUGUUUGGACAAAGACAUUCGCCAAACGCGUCCACUCUCAUGAUGUUUGUGCCUUGGCUACUUGGCCCCCUUUACAGCUCUACCGUACGAAACUGGCGUAUCUUCAGCAACAAGGCUCCAAAGUUGCGGAGGCACCAGUCAUUCUUUCUGGCGGCGUUGACGCAAGCAUCUACAUGAUAAGAUGCUCUCCGCCUGUUACAUCCCAAACCACUUUCGUUGAUCCACGUACACAGAAUGAGGCGUUCUCAUUCCAAAAAGCACUUCCAUGCAAAAUGAAUGAUGAACACAUUGUGUCUCCAGGCGGUCGCGUUGUCCAGAUAGCUCGUCAAGCGCGAUAUAUUGUGUGUCGAUCCGACACACGUGUGACUGUCUGGGGGUUUAAUAAAUUAAAUACCUUCUUCACUUUGGGAGACAGUGUCGACGUUGGUGACGAAGAUUCCGUCAAGCUCUUGGAGAUGGACCUUAAGAUUAGCAGCACUUUGGCUUCCUGCGCAGUCUCGGAUGAUGGAACGUGGCUCGGGGCAGCAGACUCGUUUGAAACAAAGCUCUUCAAACUUAAAGGACUCACAGGCGUUCGACUUAAAGCAGUCCGAGUAAAAAGGCUCUCGGAGACAUUAUUGCCGCACAUCUUCCCUUCCUCGUCGCCUUCUUCCCCAAUGUCAGCUUCUUCCAUUUGUUUCAGCCCAGAUUCCCGAAGGCUCGUCCUAGCUAUUGCAUCACUCAUUAUAGUACUGGAUUUAACCAAUAUAGAGGCCUCUGAUUCGCCCCAUAUCUUAUGCUCAUUCCCUCAUCAUCGAUACAAGAGUGGGGCUGGAUUCUCUAUUGAUCAGGGCCGUGUCAUUAAGUCGUUGCCGGGCGAUGCCUCUUCUGAUGGUGAUGAUGGAGAAGAUACAGAGGAUGCAGAAACUUCAAAAGACCACGGCAUUGAAGGGAAAAUGCUCCCUGCAUCACAUUGGCCACCAAUAUCCCGACUUGUGGUUAGUCCAGAUGGACAAUGGCUGGCAUCAGCGGAUUUAGGGGGAAGAAUACACGUUUUUCACCUUACUUCACGAAAAUAUCAUUGCUCUCUCCCUACCUCCCUUACCAUUCCCAGUGAUCUUGCAUUCGAUCCAUCGUCACCACAUACCUUAUAUCUGGCCUUUCCCGACAACUCCUUACAAAUUUUUGACGUGAAGGCUAGGGAAUACCCAGGAUGGGCACUGCCUCUGUGCCGCUCGAUACUGCCCCAGCGGAUUGUGCCCAUACUGGACUCGACCCAAGGGAUACUUUUCAUUCCGAAAGCAACUUCGAUAGAUGCCCCCCGGGAAGAUGGUGCAGAGCCAGAUAUUAGAAAGGUACUGCUGUGGGGGAAAAGCUGGAUGUGCUCGAUUGACAUCGACAUGCAUAUUCAGCGAUCCCAUCAGCGGGGAAAUGCAGCGUCAGGAGAAUCAAAGAAACAGAAACGAAAAUCUCAGAAGGCGAACCCCAACUCGGAAACCUUUAAUUCACAUCGUGGAGUAUCACUCCUCACGAGUUAUCGAGAUGUUCUGUGUAUUGACGUCCUCAACGGCGAUGAGAUUGUGGUGAUUCAGCGCCCUUGGGAGGACAUUCUCCAGACAUUGCCUCCAGCUUACUUCAGAAUAGAAUAUGGGAGGGGCUAG